UUGAUCAGUCAGUGGAAAUGUGAGGGGUGGGGCCUGCGUGCAGUGCCCUUUGGCAGCGCAGCUUUUUUGGAUGCAAACAUCUCGCCUCCGUACUUGGAAUUGGAUGCGCUUCGAGCUCCGUGGACGCUUUUAAAAGGCGCAGCCGCCGCAGCAGAUCCCACGCAAACCUGCGUUGAAACCUGCGAAAGACGCACUUUUUUUGAAGCUCCCACAAAAAGCGGAAUAUAUAAACAUUGAGGCUCAUAAUAUAAGCACAAUAUAUCUCUUUGUUGGACGAAUUCCCUUUGGUCAUUUGCGCAUUAGGUUUUUUUUUGCCUGUGUUCGUGACUUGUGAGAAGUCCUCGCGGUGUUACAGCAGGUAAAAAUCAAAUGUUUUAAAGAGGUCCUUCUGUUGGGGGGGCUGAGGUGACCGAACAGCGGAUUUCCUAUCAAAAUAAACAGAAAACUGCGCGCAAACUCGACCAUCUCCUGCUGCCUUCAAGUUGGCAGAAAUCUGCGCCCAUCUUUUCUGGACUUCCAAAGUAUUUUUUUUGCCACCUCCCUCUUCCACAUCCGUGUGAGCUCAGGCGCUCGCUGGCACCAAAUCUGCCUGAAAACAGCAGGGCUUCUGCUUGCCUUCUGGCUCUUCCCAAGCUUCAUGGGUUGACCCACGUGAACUUUAACACGCCUCCUCGUCAUCCCCGUUUGCUGCCUUUUCUUGCAUCACCAGCCUCGGGAUGUCUUGUUGCGCCUCUUGUUUGUCGGGACAUGCAAUCGCAGCAUCAUUCUGUAGCGCUCAGACUCGUGGAUAUCAGCCAGUAGAGUGAAAGACAUCGAGGGACUAGGAGGAGGGACAAACGAGCACAAGGAGAGCUUUGCUGCAGGAGAAAAGCGGGAUCAUCAGUACCGGAGGGAUCCACCUGUGCCACAGGGGAAGGAGGACCCCCUCCACCUGAUCCAUCUGGUUGCAGGGGGGGACCUUGCACAGCCUGGAAGGCAGCAGGGACUAUGCAGCUGGGACUGGUGGCGCUGGCGAUGAUCAUUCUCAGCUCCAUGGGUCACAGCGAUGUUGUCAAACUCUCCAAGGCGAGAAGGCAGAAACGAGUUAGCACAGAGGGGCCGCCAUCUUGCCCCAAAGGCUGUGACCGAUGCUCUGAGUACAAUGGCUGCGUUAAAUGCAAACCCAAGCUCUUUAUCUUCUUGGAGCGCAAUGACAUCCGUCAGGUUGGGGUGUGCCUCGCCUCCUGCCCCGUGGGAUACUUUGGCAUGAGGAACCCAGAAGGGAAUAACCGAUGCACACAAUGUAAAAUAGACAAUUGUGAAGCGUGUUUCAAUCGCAAUUUUUGCACAAAAUGUAAGGAGGGCUUGUAUUCACACAGUGGGCGAUGCUACGUCAGCUGCCCUCCAGGUCAGCGCACCGCCAAUGAGACCAUGGAGUGUGUCGGUCAGCAUGCCCUAGAGUGUGAACUGGGAGAGUGGAGCCAGUGGAGUUCAUGUAUGAAGAAGAACAAAACAUGUGGGUUUAAGAAAGGCUCCCAGUUUCGGGUUCGUGUUCCCCUUCAGCAAACGUACGCUGCAGACUCUUCCUCCACUCUUGAAGAGACCUGCACUUCACAAUCGGAGAGGAGGAAGUGCGUUGUGCCCAAAACACCGUGUGUGAAAGACAGAAAGAAUAAAGGAGAUAAUACAAACAGGAGGGAGAACAGGCGUGGACUAGGGCGAGAGGGAAAAGAUGGGAGCAGAGGAGGAGGAGGGAAGCGAAGAAGAGGCCCGAGCAGGACAACCACUGUGCCCAGCAUCACAACCAGCUCCGUCACCUAAAGUAAAAAGGCCUGCUGAGUGGAGCGGGGAGACUAACUGAAAUGGCCCAUCUCCCAGCUGCAGGCCACUUAUUGAUGAAGGGAUGGAUUACUGCUGCUAUGCUGCAUUGUAGAAGAUGCAAACCGGAGAGAGAUCUCAGAACAGGUGAACGUGGACUCAAAGGGAAGGGCCGCUGGAAAAGCCACAAUGAUACUGUGGAUGUCAUGGACCGAUCAGAUCAUACAAUACAAAUGGAGCAUUUUAUCUAUAAAGUUGCUUUUGAAAAAUUUAGAAGCUCAUUUUAUCACUUUGUGUUUUGUCAGUAUUUGUGUUUGUUGGACGUGAAACUCCAGUAUCAGAAAAUAAUGAACUUUAUUAAAUGCUAUCUUUAUUUCUCAUUGUGAGGUGAAGAAAAAUGAAGGCACUGGAAAUGACUUGGGCUCUUGGACAGGUGAAGGUAUUAGUUUUGAGAGGAGCAGCUGUUGCAAAACAAGUCUUAAGCUACGUACACACCUGGCAUGUGUGGCGCGUUCAAGGAGGCUCUGAACGUGGGGUUUUGAACGCGCUUUUAAGCGUACAGUCUUCAUACAGGUCUGUCGCUACCUGAUACUAGGGGUACUAAGCAGUACAAAACUCGCCGCAGACUUUUUCUUUCACAGCUCUAUUCCGAUAAAUAAAAGAAUUUCUGUCAUAUAAUUCCGCAAUUAGCAAUUUCUUAAUGAUGGAUUUUCAAAUGGUUGGUACUUCUGUGUUUGUAAAAGGACGCAACCCAUAUGUCAAAUACCAAAACCAAGUCCCUGAUUGGUCAAAGUGUAACUAGUUGGACUUCCAGCGCGUGUUCAACUGCAGCGCAUUCUGUACGUAACGGCCGAAAAAAAUGUAAAAACUUGUGCAUUUACGCACAUUUACACAGACUUUGCAUUGGAAGCGGUUGUUCGAAUGCGCUUUUUUCUGAGCCAUGGUGUGAACGUAGCUUUAGAGAAGAUGAUGAGGAUUGUUCUCUGAUUUCUUCACAAAGUUUUCCAUUUGAUCUCUUUUGUAUUUGUCUUAAAAAUGUUUAUAUGGAAAAAAAAAAAGUCUGCACAAAGACAAAUAUCUGCAUGAUAAAAUGCUGUGUGUGGGGAAAUGUGUGUGCUGUGCGUGUGAGUGUUUGUGCACUUCAGAGUUGUUUGUUGACAGAACUGUGUUUUUGUGAGUGUGUGUUGACUUUUGCACGCACAGUAUGUGUUACAGGUCUCAUAGACUAAAGGCUUGCAGUCUGGAAAACAAGUGAAAAAAACGACAUAUAGAUGCACGAUGAUGUGUUCAAUACAAGCAAUCAAAUCAGCAGCUUUCAAUAACCACUUUGUUUGCUACAGGGUCUGAAGAUUUUGCACAACUUUUAUGCUCCAUACUGCUCUAAUUUCAGAACAGCUUUAUAACAUGCUCUUUCCAAAGCUGGCUUUGUGGUUUUGCAGAUGCAAGAAGGGGUUUCCUCUGUAAGAGUUUCCGUUUGUUUGUCGUAAACAAGGUUCUGGAGAAGCUACAUGCUAAUUAAUCAUUCUUUCAUAAUAUGGAUGUCCAACUGUGUUUAUCAGUAUUAUCAGUAUAGCUUAUUCUGUGAAAGCCUAAAUAAAGUUAACAUGAAGAUGGUGAUGUUUUCAAUCACUCUUUUUUAAUAAUUGUUUUGGAUUCAGGCUAGCUUUCAACUUUUUAUUUACCAAUUGUGGAAACAGAAAAAAACAAAAAGUUCUCUUUAAAGGGUUUUUAUUUUAAUUUUUUUAGGAACGUUGAGACCAAGUAUAAAGCAUGCAGAACCUGCUAUCAAUAAAACUAUAUAGAAAACAUUGGUUUCACUGUUUUUUUUAACCAAUGUUUGCAGGUGGUGCAUCAUAUCAUGUUACCAUAACAACAAAUCAGAGCUAUUUAUCCCUGUAACUAAAUGGCAGCCAAAAUCACAAGAAAAUAAACAAAAUACUUAACUGUAAGUUAUUACUUUUAAAUGAUGAAACUGCUGUUACACUGUGACUUACCUCAGGUUAGAGGAUGGCAUCUUGGGAGGUGGGAGAGCCUAGAAGGGCUGAUGGGAUGGUCUGGAUGACCGGCCAAAUGUUGGCGCCUGGGCAGGGGUCGUAAAAGCAGAGACAGAAAUAAAAACUAAUGGUGUGUCCUAGCCAGAUGGAAGGGGGUGUACCAUGCAUUGGCCCAACAACAAAACAGCCGUUUCUCAUUACCAAAGGGGAGGGCAGGAGUAAUGGUAGACUGUGCACCGUAAAUUACACAUUCAUCGCUCUCCCUGACCAUAAAUUCUUGCCCUGGCUCCGCUGGACAGAGCUCUCCUUCACCUCCCACUCUCUCCUGCUCCCCUCUGCCCCGUUAUCCAAGAAAAAUGGAGGAUAAAUGGCUGGAGUAAAGGGGUGCCCUUGAUCUGCCACAAUCCUUAAUGCAGAGUGAUUUCAUUACUUUAGUUUUUCUUUCAAGUGUAUCAAAUCAGAUGGGAACAGUGUUUGAGUGCAUUAAAGGGGAGUGCACAGCUGCUGAAAUAAGUACAAACAAAAUGUGGGUAAAAAAUGGCUUUCAGUGAACAGAGCUGGCUAUUAUCGCCUGACCUGUGCUUUGUCAGCUGUAAAAUAUGGCAGAAAUGUCAGAAGAUAGUAACCCAAGCUUGACGUUAAAUCAUCUUGUCACAACUUAACAGGAAAAAGAAUGAAUUUCUGUACUGAUGCCGUUUUUCUCAGGAAGCUGUUGGAUUUCAUUUAUUGUAAAUAGGGGGGAAUCCUUUUGAAACUGAAGACGCGACUUUAUUCAGAGAUGAUGCAUUGCUGACUGAAAAUGAUUCACAGAAAGUGAGAUACUUAAAGUCCGGACUAAAGCAUAUGAUUUUGCAGAUCCCUUUGAUGUCCGAUUAAGACAAAAUAUAUAUAUAUAUAUUCUGUUGUCCAGUCGCAUAUUCAUCUCUUACUGAGAACUCUCCAUCAUACUGUUUCAGAUACCUGUUAGUUCAAGCCGCCACAGCCCCUCCACCCAACCAACUCCAGUUCCAGCUCUGUCACGGUUAGCCUUAGCAGAUGUCAACAACCCCAUUGCUCUGUAAUGACUUCCAUCUCUGAAGCUCAAAAAGAAUCCUUUUCAUGUGGUUCAGGAUCUAAGAGGCGGAUUCGAGAAAUGUCUUCUCUGAUUUUAAAUAAUCCAGACUACUGUACAUCAAUGCUGACACUCGGGUAUGUUGGAUAAGGAAUACAUCCUUGUGAAAGAUGCACAUUUAGAAUACCAUAGCUAUUUUAUGUUUUUAAUAACAUGAAACUACAGUAAAAAAAUGGAGCAGAUAAUCAAAGGGAAAGGAACUAAUUGCUGAGUAAAUAGAGGACCAGGCUGCAUGCGUGGGUUUUCUCCGGGGACUCCGGCUUCCUCCCAACGUCCAAAAACAUGCCUCAAAGGUUAACUGGUUACUCUAAAUUGUCCCCUAGGUGUGAAUGUGAGUGUAUAUGGGUGUGUGAUUGUGGCUCUGUGACAGACUGGCGACCUGUCCAGGUUUAACACUGCCUUUGCCAAUGAGUGGUCAGGUUAGGCUUGAGCAGCCCCGGGAACAAAAAAGCGACAAAAACGUGUUAAGAAAAUGCAUGAAUGAAUCAUUUCAAAUAAAUAUAAUCAACUUCUGAAUAGGGAUAAAGCCAGAAACAAAUGAAGAGGACAAGUUUACAUUUGAAAAUCCUUAAUUUACUGCCAUCUUCUGGACAUUUUAAUUAGUGCGUUAAACGUCUGAGAUUCUGUAGUUGUGUGUUGAAGAAAAAAUCUAAAAAUGUUCAAAAUAACUGUUCUCAAUCACAAUAUUUUCCUUAACUAAGACCUAAAUUAGGUCUUUUCUGAUCAAAUAUAGUUACAAUAAUAUCAAGAACUGUAGAAUGUUUGUCCACUCAAGUGGUAAAUAUUAAUAAAAAAAAGGAUAUUUUCAGCAUUUGUUCACUUAGAUGUACCACUCAUUUUUUAGCAAGGCUUUCAAAACAAAAAAAACCCACAAGCUUAAAUCGUUUCCAGGUUACACAGAAGUACUUUUCAUUUUUCAUAAAUAGUCCAGCCUAAAACGAUGUACUGAUUGCAUGAAAGAAACGGCUGAAAGGUAUUAACAUCAAGAUAAAAAAGGACAUCUGAUUUUUUUAAAUUUACAAUAUCAUAUUUUUGAUUUGUUUUGUCCACAAAUGACCACAAGAGGGAGACAAAGGCACAAAUAUUUGCAAAGUUCUGAAGAAAAGUCAUUUAUGGUUAUCAAACAAGGAUAGAUGCUAUUAUUUUUAGGUUACGAAGCCUUUGUCUUAUAAACAAAUAUAACGAAA